AUGGGUUCAACGUUCUCGCCCUCUCGUUUCUUGAUUUUCAGUAUUUCCAUUAGCUUUUACGCGUUUAUUGUCCAGUCCCAAACAGAAAAUGGGAAGAAUGGAGCCGAAUCAGCAUCACCGGCAUUUAUGGUGUCGAGUCCCCCACCGCCGCCGCCUCCUCCACCACCGCCACCUCCUCCACCGUCUACUCCGCCGCCACCAUCUCAUCAUGAGACACUUUCAGCUGCUUCACCGCCGGGAUCGCCGCUUUCCCUUCCUGACAAUAUCAGAGCGUCACCGCCGUUCCGUCACCCUGGACGCCACCGCCGCCACCGCGUGCGCGCGCCGCCUCCGCCGCCCAAGAUGAAUGCCGGGAAAAAGGUUGGACUUUUGUUUGCGGGCAUUGCGGCAAUCAUGCAAGUUGCAAUGUUUGGGUUCUUGAUGAUUAAGAGAAGGCAACUUAUGAACAGCGAUGACGACAGAUACGAGAAUUGUUCUUGA